UCGAAUUGUGGAUGGAUUCUAUACAUUGUUACAGUAGACUGGAAAAGGAUGGACAUAAAUCUGAUGUCAACGAGAAAACAUCAGAUGAUCUUGAUCCACCAAUAGUUAUUGUUGGCACUUGGAAAGAUGCUUUGAUCUCUGAUGUACAAGAGAUUGAUGAUGCAUGCAGUAAAAGUAUAUUAAAGUAUACGGAGAAUAUGUCAGAAGAUGAACUAAGACAUAUAAGGCAAGAAUACUUUAUCUCCAACACAGAAGAUGAUCCUAGUGUAUUCCAGCAAAUACGAGAAAACAUCCUUAACUUAGCCAGAAAAAUGAAAACAUGGAACAAAGCAUAUCCUUUAAAAUUUAUUCAGCUGGAAAAACAACUUCAAGAAAAGAAGAAGGUGUUACCUAUAAUCUCCUUUCAGGAAAUUCAGAAAAUUGCUUUUGAUUCGCCUCAGCCACUUAAUGAUGAAGAACUCAGAUUGUUCCUGGAAUUUCACCAUGAGAUCAGAGCUUUAGUUCAUUUCAAAGAUCUUCCCUCUUACAUUAUUUUAGACACACAGUGGUUGUCAAAUGCUUUUAGAUGUAUAGUAACUGCAAAGAAAUUUCGAGACAUUAGUAUCAGAAAUAUAAAAAAAUGGGAUGUAUUGUACAGUAGAGGCAAAUUAUAUAGUGAGGUUUUAGACGAUGUAUUCAGAAAGGAAAACAAUUUUUCAAAACACAAGGGUCAUAUUCUGAAUGUCAUGGAGAAAUUUGAUAUCAUUAUACGUCCGAUCAUAUCAGAUAGAGAUGGUGCUGAUCAAACACUUUGCUACUAUGUACCUUGUAUGAUUAAAUCAGAACCUGAGUAUGACAUAUACGAAAUGUUUAAUGUGACAGAAAACACAUGUACUAAGUCUACCUGGUUAUGUUAUAAGUUUAGGUUUCUACCACCUCAUUUAAUGAAUCAUUUAAUUGCUUCUCUGUGCAGGAAAUAUACAGUUGCAGAAUUUAUCACUAAGGAACAGAAAAGACAGGUUGCUCUUUUCAGAGACUCAGCUGUCUUUGAGUUACAGAAAACGACAAAAUUAACAAAAUUACACGUGAUGAAAUGUCCGAAUUUGAUCCAAAUUCAGGUUUGGCAAUUUGGUAAAGAACGUGAAGGAGGUUUGUUUAAAUUCAUUGACGAAUUUGUGACAGAGGAAAUUGUGAAAAUUAUAAGCACAAGAUUUAAGAUGUCUAAUGUGAACUUUGAGAAAAAAUGGGAAUGUGGCCAUACAAAACCAGAGUCUGUAACAGGAUCAAAUGACUUUAGUGAAGAGCAGAUUACAGAAUAUUACUGUGAAACAUGUACAUGCACCCAUAUAUACAUUGGUGAAUGGCAAGAUCUGCAAAAACUGUCCAAAAGUUGUGAAAAUGAUCCAGGAUUUAAUCCUACCACAGAAAGCAUCAGUCUAGUCCGAACUACAUCCUCUAAGGUGUGUGUCCGUGUCAAGGCUGGUAUCGGAGACAUUUCAAAUAUCUAUGGAGAGUCAUCAUCAGCAGCCAGUUUGACAGGGUUCACAAAUGAGGAAAUAAAUUUUACAAAGAUGGGCAUUAUUGUACUGAAUAUUCUAGCUGAUGCUUCAUAUGACUUAUUGAAACAAGACAAACCAAAUAUACGUCCAAGGAGGGAAUGUGAUAUAACAAACUUGUACAGUGAGCACAGAAAUCUUAAUAAACAUAUUCCAAGUAAUUCAUGGGGCGGUUCAUGGCAAAGAAUUCAAAAUACAGACUUAGCUAUUGGAGAUGAUAUUGAGCGCAUAAGACUGACAAGGAAUGAAUUACAACACUCUAGAAUAUUUCAAUUGGAUGAUACACGUUUUAAUGAAUUAUGUAACAUAUUGAGUGACCUUUUAAAAAGGUUUGAUAACCAUAACAAACCAGCUAUAUUGUAUACAGAUCAACUAAAUAAGAUUUUGGCGAAAACUGUUUCUGCGGAGGAAGUGAAAUUAAUUAAAAACGAAAUAUUCGGAAUGACUAUUGAAGUUGACUUUGAACACCAAGUUAAUCUUCCAGCACAAUAAAGAAAUUGACUCAUUCCUACGAUUUGUUUCAGCGAACAGAGAAAUACCGGUAUGCACUUUAUUAAACAGAUACAUAAUACCAUAGCAACAGAUGUGCAUUAAACAUUCCCUUUAUGAACAGACGUCGAUCGUCUUUCUUAGAGAUGAAAUGCUACUGAUUUAAGUCAGACUCCAACUGAUCAUUCAUUGAAUCAUUACCAAAAGUAACGGGCAACAUUAUAAAGUGGACCAAAGCUGAAUUAUAGUCUAAAGUUAAAAUAGUACCAAUUUCGUACUGUUUUUUUUUAAAUUUAAUUACCUGCAGCAAAUAUUAUAAUGUAAAUAUAUUAGAAUCGUUUCGAAUACCAAAUUAUUUGUAAAGUAUGUAUAUAAAAUUAGCAUUUGAGUACACAUAUGUAUAUAUAUGUAAGACUGAAAUAAAGAAAAUGUGUAUAGUACAUUCAGAAGCUUGAGACAAAACAAGAACGCAUUGUCUCUGUGUUUGUUAUCAGCAAGAUUUGUAUAUGAAUUAUUUUUAUGGGUUUUCUUAAAGGGGACUUAUGCUUUUCUUUUCUUGGCAUGACUAAAUGAUUCCCAUAUGUCCUAGUUAUUUAUCUGUACAUAGCAAAAGAGAAAAUGUGUUUGAACCUUCAAAUCUCUUUCUGUUUUUAGUCAUUGAGAUCUGCUUUAUUGAUGUAUAACCAUCAUCUUGUUUCGUACAUAUAAGGGAAAUAAUAAAAAAAAAUAUAAGAAUCAUAUCGUCUGAAUAUUUUCAGGUAUUGUUUAAAAUAUUUGUCUGUUGGUUAAAAAAAGUAGACGGUAAUAUAUCAACUCUUAGUAUAUAAAUCAAAUAGUUAUAACUAAAUCCUUUCAAGCUUGUUUAUUAUUAUAUUGAAAUUGAGUAACUCAAGUUUAUACCAACAUGAUUAAGCAAUUAAUAUUCAACUCUUGCUAGUUAUGAAACUUACAAUCCACCAUUUUCUACAUAAGAAAAUGCCUGUACCAAGUCAGGAAUAUGACAGAUGUUAUCCAUUCGUUUGAUGUGUUUGAGCUUUUGAUUUUGACAUUUGUUUAAGGAUUUUCCGUUUUAAUUUUUCUCGGCACUCAGUAUUAUGGUGAUUUUACUUUUAAUAAGACAAUUUAUGGUCAUCAUGUUUAAUUGAUAGUUGCUUAAUGUCCAGCGGCCAAUAUUAAAUGCAAAUUCCGCAUUGUUCCCUAAAAAAGAAGAAGUUCACAUGAUAGCUUAGUACAGGUUAUCAAAGGAAUAGAGACAGUAACCCCAAUAAACAUCCCUGUAAGUGUCUUUUUUUACUUCAAUUGUUUCAGUAAAUAUACUGUGUUUGUAUUGCAAAAUGUAUUAUUCUAAUUGUAUAACAAUAAAAAUUAUAUAUCUGC